UGAUUGUGUGGCCCACAUGCAAGGGGGGGAAAAAAAACCCUCUAGUUUGGGUUUGAAAUAUAACAUUUGUGACUCCAAUCCUGAAGCUUUUCUGACACACAACCAUUUUCAUUUGUGUAACAAAACCUUUAAAAAAACCUACUCGUCUAGUGUUGAUAAUUAAAGGUUAUUUAUUUGGGUCAAGUUACAAGUUUGUGUCGCCGUGCUUCCCUCGGAGGAAAUCCAAGCGGCUGAUCCUCCAACUUCCUUUUCGUUCCCUCGUUGUUUGGCCGAAUGAGAUGCGUCCCAGGGAGGAAAACAGAGUAACUCAAUGAAACUGGAUUAGAAGUCCGCGCAAAUAUGAGCUGGAUUCCCUUCAAGAUCGGGCAGCCAAAGAAGCAAAUUAUCUCCAAAACUGUUGAAAGGGACUUUGAGAGAGAAUAUGACAAGCUCCAGAAGCUGGAGGAUCAGACGAAAAAGCUUCACAAAGACAUGAAGAAGAGCACGGAGGCUGAUUUAGCCAUGUCGAAGGCAGCGGUGAAGAUCUCAGCAGACCUUCUGGGUAACCCGCUAUGUGAGCAGGAUCAGUCUUUCUUCGAGUCCAUGACAGCCUUGGACACAGCCAUGAAGACCAUGGACUCCUUCAACCAGGAGAAGGUCAACCAGAUUCAGAAGACUGUUAUCGACCCUCUGAAAAAGUACAGCGCCGUCUUCCCCAGCCUCAACAUGGCGGUGAAACGCCGCGAGCAGACCCUGCAGGACUACAAGCGCUUGCAGUCCAAAGUGGAGAAGUAUGAGGAGAAAGAGAAAACCGGGCCCGUGAUGGUGAAACUUCACCAGGCCAGAGAGGAGCUGCGACCAGUCCGGGAAGACUUUGAGGCCAAAAACAAGCAGUUGCUGGACGAGAUGCCCAAGUUCUACCACAGCCGCAUCGACUACUUCCAGCCCAGCUUCGAGGCGCUCAUUCGGGCGCAGGUUGUGUACUUCACAGAAAUGUACAAAGUCUUCAGCGAGCUGACGGAACAGAUCGACCAGGCGGGCCUGACCGACGAGCAGAGGCAGAGGGAGAACGAGGCCAAGCUCAACGAGCUGCGCGCCCUCUCCAUCGUGGCCGACGACUGAACGCUUUCGCUCGGAGUCCUCGACGCCGCUCGUUUUGUCCGAUGCCACGUUAACAAAGCCAUCAGCCGAGACCGGUGCACGCUUCUACCGCAUUAAAAUAGCGGCCGUCCUCCUGAUACUCUAAUUAGUUGCCGGGUGCGUCAUUCUGUGAAUGCCUCCUCAAGUCAUCUCCCGUUUCCCCAACAAGAAAGUCGAGUGCCAUUCGAGACAGUGGCCGCUUAUCCACUAGAACUGGGUUGCUGACGCAAACAGCAGCCUCUAACCAGAGUCAUUCAGAUAAAUGCGUUUGCAGAAGGGUUUCAAAGGGGUGGAAAAAUUCUCUGCAAAUAUUCCAAAAUAUUAUAUUCAAAUUCUAUGGGAAAGAAAUGCAGCUGCUGGGGAACUUUAACGAAGGUUUCAUAUUCUAGCAUAACUAUAUAAACACUUUGUUUUGACAUACUUGAAAAGCGAAACCAUUAAACGUGUUGGUUUCAACAGAUGAAUGUGGAAAUACAAUUUUUUUUUUUAAUUGAAUGAUUAAUUCUCAUUGAAGAGCAAAAUCAAAUAUUACUCACCCUGAAAAUCUGGUUGUUUUAGUCUAUAUAAGGCUAAAAUGUAAUUUCCCCAGAGAUAUUUAAAGUUUCAAUUUUUUUUUAUUCAUGAUUUAUUUUUUUAACUUCCUUUUAAUUUCCGUGGAAAUUUUCCAACUGAAAAUUCCACAAAUUCUGGCGCCUUAGUGGAGUGACCUCAGUUCAUCGUCGUGCGGCCAUUUGAACUCUGCUUCGGGUGCUGCGUUUUUGGUUAGCAACAGUGUAAAUGUGCAGCCAUUGCGAUACACACUUGUAUGUUGAGUAUAAUUACUCCAAAUCAUAGAUGCUAUUAUUGUCCCACAGCCUAUGCUCUGACCAUUUGCACUCUGUUGCUACCCAAAUUAGCAGCACCCUAUUGGACGUUCGUUCGUUAGCGUUGUGUGUGCCCACGAUCGUUUUGUUCUGGUGCGAUUCUGGCCUUUCUCCAUAAUAAGCUUUUUAUUUUGUCUUAAACUUCACUCUGUCAGUUGUAAUGUAGGUGGUAAUUUUAUUAUUUUUUUUUUUUACCUGAAGCGUAUCUGUAGUAUGCCACUAUUUGAUGUUCAUUUAUGUAAAGGUAAGCAAACAAUCCCUCUUCCUGUAUAUGGAUCAAUAUGGUUCAAUAUUUUAUAACCCUACCACCACCAAACACCUGACAAGUUUUUAUCGGGUUUCUGUUCCCCUCAUACGUUUCCGUUUUCUUUGAUGUGGAAAGUGUACAUCAGGAAGUCUGUUGCUUCGCCACACUGCAAAAAUCUAGCUUGGCGCUCCCUCUAGUGGCAAGAAACGGACUUGUCUGAAAAGCGUCCAAACUGUCCAAGUGCCGUGAGGACCAAAGACUGUGUAAAAGGUCACAAAUGCUCCUACUUUGUGCUUCACAUCGUCAUAUAAUUGCCUUGUCUUUGACUAAAUGUGUUGUACAUUUUUUUAACUUAAAAUAUUGAUUAAUGAAGGUGUCCAUGUAGCUAAUGAAGGGUUUUUCUUGUUACUAUACUUUGAAGGAGUAAUAGGGACACACUGAAAACAAAAUACCAAGAAUAAGAAAUCAGAAUUACAAGAGAGAACGGGAAAUGUAUGAACUCGAUAUAUUUCACAUUAUACCUUAUAUACUGACUUUUUUUAAACUUUAUUUUAAUAUUGCAGUUUUUGUACUCAUAACUAAUCUUACCUUUUUUAAAAAAUUAUGACUAUGUAAUAAGGAAUUUUUCUCAACUAUUGUUCUCAUAGCCAAACAGUGGUAAUUUUACACUUCUAUGUCACUUUUUGAUUGUAAAAUCACAAUUGUGGUUUUGCAACUUUCCCCACUAAACCAAAUGACCUUAAAUUAACACAUUUUACCCAACUAUUAUUUUGUUAUAGCAACAUAACUGAAAAAAAAAAGAUUCUAGUUCUGUACACUUUUUUUUUUAAAUUUUAUUAGACUAACAACCCCUUCUUUAUUGUAAUAGGUUUUUUUCUUGUAUAUUUGCAUUUUGUAUUCAGUGUGACCGUAAUACUCCCUUGAAACAAUAUAAUUUAUUUUUUACACCCAGGAAGUAGUUUUCACAGAGGGCUUUAUUCCAGUUUGUAAGCAUAAUUUUGGUGACAAUGUUUUUGCGUACAAUCAGCAAAUAAAUGAUCUGAGAACUUCA